AUUAAGACUCACUUUGCACGUGUUGCCUUUGCCGCUGCACGAUUUAGUUUUGGUUUAAAUUUAAAACAAUGCUUGACACAAAUAAGCGCAAGGGACCACCUGCCAAAGCUGGCAGCAAGGAAGGUGCCGCGCCGAAGAAAUUCUUGGGGCCUAAAACGGACAACAAAUUCAAACGCACUGGCAACAAAGAUGGAAAGCGCCCUUUCGAAGCCAAAGGCAAGAAUCCUAAUAAUAAAUUCGCUGGCAAGCCGAAACCUGGUGCUGCCGUCCAAGCAAACGCUGGCGAGAAGCAAGACUGGCACAAAUUUAAGGCAGAGAAGAAGGAGCUUAAGCUGAAGCGCAAGCGAACCCGCGAUACAUAUGAAGUGACACAGGAGGUGAAAAAAAUCUAUGAACAAGUAAAAUGUCGUAAAACCGAUAACAAGUCCAAGCUGGUGGAGAACAUGUACAAGAUACUCAAUGUAGGCGACACCAUCUCUAAAGUGGCACAAGCGCACGACACUGCGCGCGUACUGCAAUGUAUGCUUAAGUUCGCAACGCCAGCAUUGCGUGCCGAGCUCUCUGACAAACUGAUGCCACAUGCCGUGGUCAUGUGUCAGUCCACUUACGCACAUUUUUGCAUCGAACGCAUGCUCAAAUAUGGCGCGCCCGCAACCAAAUCCAAGCUGGUGGACAGCCUAAUGGGCAACAUAGUGCGUCUAGCAGGUCAUAACAUAGCCAGCAAGUUAUUGGAUAAUAUAUAUCUAACAGCUACAGAGCAGCAACGUUGUUAUAUGCGUCAGGAGUUCUAUAGCGAUCUCUACAAGAAAUCCAAGGAUGCUGAAGUUAAAACGUUAAGCGACACAUACAAAAAUGCCAGCAAUAUGAAGGCAUCCAUUAUGGGUGCCGUCAAGGCUAAUCUGGAGCAUAUUGCCAAUAAAAAUUUAGUGGACAGCUCGCUGGUGCAUGCGGUUAUAUUGGAAUAUGUGCAGGCAACAGAUGAUGAGAAGCUGGAGGAGACAGUGACAGCACUGGCAACACUCGUGCCACACAUGCUGUCAACCAAGGACGGCAGCGAAGCGGCCAUUAUAUGUUUCUACAAAUCUACACCCAAAAAUCGACGCGCAAUUAUUAAGAACAUCAAGGAACAUUUGCUAAAGAUUGCACUACACGAGCAUGGACAUGUUUUUCUCAUAGCUUUACUCAAUUCGUUGGAUGAUACAAAGGCCACCAAAAAGGCUAUAUACGAUCAUUUGCAUGAAGAGCUCAAAACCUUGGUGGGUAAUCAAUAUGGACGUCGUGUGGUGCAGUGGCUGGUGGCGCCUGGAGAUACAACAUGCUUCCAUCCCGGUUUUAUUAAAACCAUGGAUGAGGGCUUGGUUCAUGGCAAAAAGGAAAAGGAAACGCGACGCAAAGAAAUCUUAGAACAGAUCGAGGGUCCCAUUGCCGAUGCUAUGGUGGAGGAUGCUACAUUUUGGUUAUCCAACAGUCACAUUGGUCUGGUUACAGCAGAUAUACUAAGCAAACUGUCGGACGAACAAUAUGGCAAAGCAGUCAGCGCGUUAGCUCCGGUUAUAACACAAGCGAACUGGCUAAUUUUUACUGUUGCCAGCGAGCUGGAGAAGAAGUCACAGAAAUCUAAAGAUGUGGAAACAAUAAUAAGCGAGGCAACAGCUCAGCGUAAAAAGAAGAAGGCAGCUGCGGCUGCACCAGAGCCAAGUGAUGAAGAAAGCGAAGCCGAAGCUGAAGGCGAUGAAGCUGUGCCGCUUAAGAAAUCUAAGCCGGAGCUGGCGACAGCAGUAGAGGAAGCGCCUGUGCCCACAGUGCCAGGCAUUGAGGAUGCUGGCAUGCAUCAUGUGCUCAAGAAGCUUAUCAAGAAUGAUAAGAAACGUGAGGGCACAACCUUGAGCCAACAACUGCUGGAGCACUUGAAUACUGAAGUGCUCAAGUCCUGGCUAGAUAUUAAUCGCGCUUGCUUUGUGCUCGUCAAGCUGGUGGAGGAUUCACCCGAGCUGGCCAAGAGCUGUUUGGCGAUGGUCAAGGAGCAGAAACUAAAUGCUCAGCUGUUGAGUGGCAAGACGCCGGGAGCCAAGAUGUUGGCUAACAAACUGGGUUUAACAAAAUAACGGUGGGCAAUGCCUCUUAGCAGUUUAAGUCUUGGCUGGAUAUGGCGAUGGUCAAGGAGCAAAAACUAAAUGAGCUGCAAAAACUCCGCUGAGUUACAUACAAA